AUGGCGCAUCUUCUGUCCUUAUUGAUGGUAAUCAACGUUGCAUCUGCAGCAGUUCCUCCUGUCCCAUACGUCCAUCGCACAUCCGCUUGGACCGCCAAUGCCAUCCACUUGUCCACCGCCACAGGCGAGUGCAACAUGACUGAUCCCUCCGAGGUCGACUACAACUUCUGGCAGCACAUCUACCCCAACUUCUGUAUUCAGUUCGACUUUUCCGAUGAGAAGUACUUCGAGGCCAGCUACACUUCUGCCGACUACAUUGAGGACCCGGACAACGGUGAUGAGGCUUCAAUCGCGACGCCGCCGCCCAACAGCGGCAUGUACCAGCCGGUAAACGGGAAUCCUUGGAGGUUUAACUUCCGGUUCGACCCUUUGGAACAGGCCGGCAAUAGCACGGGCAACACGACAUGCACGAAUACGUGCUCGGAGGCCCUCGAGUCGCUUUCGCAAGGUCCAUGCGGCAGAACGGGCGGUCAGAUGAAUCACAUGACAUCCGAGGGGUCCUUCGAUGUUGGGUGUGGCACUUAUCACUUUUUUAUUGCAUCACCGGACCCAGACGAGACCAAUUGCCACAUCGACGACUCGCACUGGAAUUUGACGGGAGCAUCAAAAAAGGAGUUCACGCUGGUCGACGCCGUCUCAGCCAUCGAGUCUUUCUGUGUCGGUAACGAAAGUCACUCGAUGCUGGUCGACACCGCUUCGUCACACAGGCCUGGUCUACUGCAGAACCAGUCUGCCGAGUACCCGGAGCGGCUCUACAGGUUUGAGGGACGACGGACGGGCAUCGACAUCUUUGCUACAUUCGCUGAUGUACUGGAGGUUGAGAGUGCUGCCGGCUGCAACAACCACUCGUCGCAAAACUUCUACGUCUCUGAAUAUGCGGAUCGGUGCCGUGAGAUACUGUAUAAGACGCUCCACCGAUGCAACAAUGAUGUUUCGCAUAUGUUGACGUCGGGAGGCUACACGUUGGAGCAUCAAGCGGAACAUGGAUGUGUUGUUUGGCAGCUUUACCCCUAUGACCUUGACUCCUGA